AUUUUCUUCACUCACUUCCUGCGUUUCCUUCAUUUCCCCAAAUUCUCCAUUUCAAUUUUCACCAACCCUUAUUUUAACCUUGAAUUCACCUCGCAUACCUCAACCCUCCUUCUCUAUCGCCGCUGCGUCGCUGUCGCAUCAAGAUGAUCUCUCCCUCCUCCUCCCUCUCCUCCGAUGAUCUCCACAAAGAAUCAGAGGAGCUUCAGACAUUGAUUCCUAAAGGCUUUGAAGUAAUUGGAGCGCUUGCUUACGGAGCCGGCGCCGACGCUCAAGCGGCAAUUCAUGCUGCUCGCAGACUGAGGAAGCUUCUAUACGGUGAAGAGGAAGAGGAUAAUCGACCGGUGAUCGGAGCAGUCACCGCCGGUUUCGGCGAGCUGAAAUUUUUCGUGUCGGAGAGUGAAAAAUCGAAUCACCUCGAAGAGGUUGAUUCAGUUGUUGAAGAAGAACAUUCGGAGAAAUGUGUGGGAGAAUGGUUGCUUGAUUCGUUGUGGGCUUCCGAUCAAGUUGCUAGUAUAUUAUCCUCUCAAGAAUACGAGUGCAAUCUAGGGAUUGGAAAUUGGAGUUUGUGAGCUAGUAGCAUUAAUUGAUAAUACUUUGACGAUGGAAGUUAUAGAGCAUAGGACUUAUGAGAUGCUAUCACAAGGGAGACAGAAAUGAAGCAAGGGAUAUACACAUUGGGAUUCCAAACAGUGGGGGUAAAUGCUAUU